UGUACCCCGGAAGUUGCGUCACGUUCAAUUAUGAGCUAAUGAAUUCCUCAGUCCUUUACGUGAAAAGGGCUAUUUUAUUCUGCGCCUAUCUGUGCCCUAUUUCUUGUGGUAUAAGAGCAAUGCUCGUAUGUAUCAAGUCCACAAAUUAGACAUUUAUUUGCUUCAUAGCAAAGGUGUUUCUUAUUGUGAACUGUGCUAUUCAUUAUUCUGUAUGUCUUAGCAGAUUGGAUGUUGAUAAUUUACCUAGUGAUUUUAUGAAGAUUUCGAAGAACCGCAACACUAUAAAUUUUAGCACAGCAGACCUUCUAAGGCUAAAUGAUCGUGCUCAGGAAGCAACGAAGGAAAUAUAUGUUAUGACGAAUGUUGUUGUGAAUGAACUGAUAAAGGACUUACGAAGUAAUAUUGGUUGCCUUUACAAGCUUGCAGAGUGUGUGAGUAUGCUGGAUAUGCUACACUCCUUUGCAAAGUCCUGCACACUGUCUUCAUAUGUUCGUCCAGAAUUUACCGAUACCCUGGCUGUUAAGCAGAGCAGGCAUCCCAUUCUUGAUAUCAUUUCUUUCAAUCUUGUACCAAACAAUAUUUUUGCCUCAAGAGAAUCCAACUUCAUCCUUAUAACAGGUCCCAAUAUGAGUGGGAAGACUACAUACCUCAAACAAGUUGCCCUUUUGCAAAUAAUGGCUCAAGUUGGAAGCUUUGUGCCUGCCGUAUAUGCAAGCUUUCGUGUAACUAGUCAAAUAUUUUCAAGAGUUGGAUCUGAUGAUGAUAUAUCAAGCAAUUCUUCAACAUUUAUGCUGGAGGUAAACAGAUACUCUCUGAUGUGUGCACCGCGAGUGGCUGACUCCUCAUUCCAAUGUUGCACGUGUUUAGUUUUGCAGUAUUUUAAUAUUAAUCCUACAGUCUACCACAUUAGUAGUAUAAAGUGGCUACAACAUGGAUAAUAUUCCAUGUUACUAACGUUAUUGCAUGCAUAAUCUUGCUUAGUUUUUUAUGCAUAAGGUAGAGCUCAGUUCAAUGUUGUCUCUUCUGCAGAUGAGAGAACUGAGCUAUGUAUUGCAGGUAAGCCGGUACUCUAUGUGAGCUAGUGAUCAAUGUUUGAACACUCUUUCAUCAUGCUGCAUGUGAGUAGUCUGGCUUGUCUCAAUAAGGGAGGUAUUAUACCCACAGGAUUAUUUUCCAACAAGGAACAAGAAUAAUUGUUUUGAUUUUCGAAUUUUAGGCUGUAUUUUAUUUCCAUGAGGUGGG